GGAAGCGGGUUGCUCCUCCACAUCCUUCUAUGCCUCCGCGCCGGAGGAGCGAGGAGGAAUAUCCGCCCUGUCUCUGCCUCUCCGCGGACGCACGGAUAAACCACAUCACGCCUGGGAAGAUGGUUUUUCUGCUGCAUAUGGUUUCCCUUUACACUCUGAGCGUCUUCAGCGGAGCCUCGGCCGCCUCUCACUAUAACUGCAUCGGUCCUCUGGUAUCAGCGCUGCCCCAUUCAUCCUUUCAGAGCUCCUCUCAGUCGUCAGUCCGAUAUGCUGCGUACAAUGCCAAACUCAACAGAAGAGAUGGAGCCGGAGGCUGGUCCCCCAUGGUGACUGACCAGGAGCCCUGGCUCCAGGUGGACCUCAAGGAGCAGCUGGAGGUGACGGCUGUGGCUACGCAGGGACGUUAUGACAGCUGGGACUGGGUCAGCAGUUACCUGCUGCUCUACAGUGACACGGGCCGGGCGUGGAAACAGUACAGGCACGAGGACGGAGUGGGGAGGUUUGUCGGGAAUGUGAAUUCAGAGGCCGUUGUCCAGAACAAGCUGUCCCACCCUGUGAGAGCGCGUUUCCUGCGCUUCGUCCCUCUCGACUGGAACCCCAGCGGUUGGAUGGGCCUCAGAGUGGAGGUGUACGGCUGCUCCUACAAGUCUUAUGUGGCAGAAUUCGAUGGCAGAAGCUCGCUGCUCUAUCGGUUUAACCAGAAGUCCAUGUCAACGGUGAAGGACGUGAUCUCUCUUCGAUUCAAGAGCCACCAGGCCGAGGGCGUGUUGCUGCACGGAGAGGGGCAGAGAGGAGAUUACAUCACCCUGGAGCUUCACCGAGGAAGACUGGACCUCUACCUCAACUUAGAUGACAGCCGGCUGAGAUUCAGCAGCGGCCGUGUGGCUGUCACUGUGGGCAGUCUGUUGGACGACCAGCACUGGCACUCUGUUCACAUCGAGCGCUUCAACAAGCAGGUUAACCUCACAGUGGAUUCCCACACACAGCACUUCCAAACCAAAGGAGAAGGACACUCGCUGGAGGUUGACUAUGAGCUGAGUUUUGGGGGCAUCCCGCUGCCUGGUAAACCCGGCACCUUUCUGAGGAAGAACUUCCACGGCUGCAUGGAAAACCUUUACUACAACGGGAUCAAUAUCAUAGACCUGGCAAAGAGACGCAAGCCACAGAUACACAGUGUGGGCAAUGUGACCUUCUCCUGCUCGCAGCCCCAGCUGGUGGCUUGCACCUUUCUGAGCUCCGGCAGCAGCUUCCUGUCGCUUCCAUCAGCAGCAUCUGCCACGGGAGGCUUCUCUGUUCGCUUCCAGUUCAGGACGUGGAACCCAGAUGGGCUGCUGCUGUCUGUGCCAUUGAACCCGGAGCCCCAGAGACUGGAGCUGCAGAUCAGCAACACCCAACUGCGUCUGACCCUCCACAGCUCAGGACAACAGAAGUCAGAGGUCUCCACAGGUCUCCGAGUCAGUGAUGGUCUGUGGCACUCAGUGAGUCUGGACACCAGGAACCUACGGAUCUCCGUGACUGUGGAUGGAGAGCCGUGCUCCAUGACUGAGCUGUGGGAACAAGUGGAGUCAAGAGGCAACUUGUAUUUUGGAGGCUGCCCCGCGGCCGACUGCCAGAUCCCGACUCCGUCCUUCCAGGGCUGCAUGCGGCUCCUGUUCCUCAACGGCCAGCCAACAAAUCUCAGUCAUGUGCAGCAAGGUUUGCUGGGAAAUUACCACGAGCUUCAGUUCGACACGUGCAACAUGAGAGAUAGGUGCCUCCCAAACCUGUGUGAACACGGAGGCCGCUGCUCUCAGACAUGGAGCUCCUUCGCCUGCGACUGCUCGGGAACGGGAUACUCGGGAGCGACCUGUCACAACUCCAUCUACGAGUCAUCCUGUGAGGCGUACAAACUGAUUGGCAGCUCCUCGGGCUUCUACUCCAUUGAUCCAGAUGGGAGUGGUCCCCUGGGGCCCACCCAGGUAUACUGCAACAUGACAGAAGAGAAAGUGUGGACGGUGGUGACCCACAACAUUUCAGCUCAAGUCAUAGUCCAGAGCUCCUCUCCUCAGAAACCUCACAUCACAAUCUUCAACUACAGCGCGUCGGCCGAACAACUGCGCGCCAUCGUGUCAGGGUCCGAGCAGUGCCAACAGGAAAUGGUUUACAACUGCAAGAAGUCCCGACUCUUUAAUACUAAAGAUGGAAGUCCGCUGUCCUGGUGGCUGGACCGCGAAGGAGAAAAGAGGAGUUACUGGGGAGGCUUCCUGCCCGGGGUCCAGCAGUGCUCCUGCAGCCUGGAGGAGAACUGCAUCGACAUGAACUUCUUUUGCAACUGUGACGCCGAUACAGAUGCAUGGGCUAAUGACACGGGAAUCCUCUCCUAUAAAGACCACCUACCAGUCAGCCAGAUAGUAAUCGGAGACACCAACAGAACAGGCUCGAAAGCCAUCUACCACAUCGGCCCUCUGCGUUGUUAUGGAGACAAGUCGAUAUGGAAUGCAGCGUCUUUCUACCAGGAGUCGUCGUACCUCUACUUUCCCACCCUGCAGGCAGAGCUCUCCUCUGAUAUCUCCUUUUACUUCAAGACCAGCGCUCCUUCAGGGGUGUUCCUGGAGAACCUGGGCCUCAAAGACUUCAUCAGAGUGGAGCUCAGCUCUCCCUCGGUGGUGACGUUCUCUUUUGAUGUGGGAAAUGGUCCGGCGGUCCUGUCCGUGAAAUCCCACCUGCCCCUGAAUGAUAGACAGUGGCACUACGUGAGGGCAGAGCGCAACGUGCGGGAGGCCUCACUGCAGGUCGACCAGCUCCCCCUCCGCUUCCUGGAGGCUCCGGCUGACGGGCACCUGCGCUUACGGCUCAGCAGCCAGCUCUUCAUAGGGGGAACGGCGUCCCUGCAGAGAGGCUUCCUGGGUUGCAUCAGGACGCUGACGGUCAACGGCGUGAGCUUCGACCUGGAGGAGAGGGCCAGGAUGACGCCCGGGGUGAGCUCCGGCUGUCCCGGCUACUGCAGCGGCUCCAGCAGCCUGUGCCACAACAGAGGGAGGUGCAUCGAGAAGAGCAACGGCUACAUCUGCGACUGCUCGCUGUCCGCCUACGGGGGAACCACCUGUAACCAAGAGGUGUCGGUGUCCUUUGACAGGGAGUCCUCUGUGACCUACACCUUCCAGGAGCCGUUCUCGGUGAUGCAGAACAGGAGUUCGCAGGCCACCAGCGUUUCCACGGAGAGCAGCAGCCGGGCCAGAGAGGACGUGGCCUUCAGCUUCGUCACGUCCCAGAGGCCAGCCAUGCUGCUGACUGUCAGCACCUUCAGUCAUCAGUACAUCGCUGUCAUCCUGGCAAAAAACGGGAGUCUGCAGAUCUGGUAUCACCUUCAGACGGAGCGGAGUCCGGACGUUUUCAGCCCCGUCCUCACUAACAUGGCAGACGGACGACUCCAUCGAAUCAGGGUCCACAGAGUGGGAAAAAACCUCUACAUUCAGAUCGACCAGGACAUCCACAGAAAGUACACGCUGUCAUCCGAUGCAGAGCUGAUCCUAAUCAGAUCCUUGACAUUGGGCAAAGUCACCAGUAAUGAGAACCUCAAUGAGGAGGUAAUGCAUGCGGCUUCGAAAGGUUUCAUUGGCUGCCUCUCCUCGGUCCAGUUCAAUCACGUGGCACCGCUGAAGGCAGCGCUGACCAAUCGAGGAAGCUCACUGGUCACCAUCCGGGGUCCGUUGGUCCAAUCCAACUGUGGAGCGUUGGCAGAGUCCACCUCGCACACUCUGCAGGAUCAAGCAGUAACAGCCAAUAAAGACAACGAGCAGCUAAGCAACGGGAACCAGAAAGAUCUGGCUGUGAUCGCAGGUGUGGUGACGGCCGUGGUUUUCAUCGCCGUGUGCGCCCUGGCCGUGAUGAGCCGCCUCCUGUACCAGCAGCGUCAGGCCAAGCGGAGCACCAGCAGCAGCAUCAAGGAGGAGCACAGACAAGGCGUAUACACAGACUACAGGACAGAGCUGCAACUCCACAACCCAAUCAGGGACAACAUGAAGGAGUACUACAUCUGACACAGCGUGCUCUCUCCGGCCCUAAGUUGCAAAAGUACCUUUCUCUUACAAACAGGACUUGCGGGCGGGGCGGGAAACGGAUGCGCCGCUUCAGCAUUUCUUACAACAAAACAUUUCUGUACAAGAACAAGCGAGUGGCUGAAUCUUUACAGCUGUUAGUGUAUUUGAUGUUGGUGAAACUGUCCCAAUCGAGCUGCUGUGGUUUCUGUCGUUGCAAAAUGUGUAAAGCAAAAAUCGGACAUUCUGCAGGGGGUGGACGCCACACGCGCGGCGAGCAGGAGCUCCAAUCCGUGGAUGCGCACAACUUCAAAUGUUUUGUUUGAAACCCUCAGAUGCUGAAUAUUUUCCACAUUUCGGUGGGACUAAAUUGUACUGGCAAGUCAGGAAAUGUAGGCCAGGCUUGUAAGAUAUGCGCGCGUUCGCUGCUGUCUUUGUUUUUUUCCAGUGGUGGUGAAUGUCUUAGAAGAAGAAACGGGGACGAUACUGCCUAUACUGUAUGAGUGCCUAAUUUGCAUACAACUUUUUAUUUCAACAUUUUAGAAGUUUUCCUUGUGAUUUGCACAAAAAGGCAGUUUUCAUUUGCAUACAGGGGUUAAGUUCUGCAGCCCACACUACACAAAAUAAAAGGAAUUUCCCAGUUAUUCGCAUCAUCUUCCCGCGGCACCACUGUCUGAAGUAGCAUGGAGAUUGACAAAACUUAAAAGGUCAGAUGAUUCCAGUAUUUUAUAAGUUAUUUUAUUAAUUCAACACUUUCAAGUCUUUCAGGUUUUAAGUCGAGCGAUCAUUCAGACAUAAAUCUAUUUAUGUGAUGUAUUUUUAUUUAUAUAUAUUUAUUUGUGAGUUAUUUCUCCUGUGCGUAAAAAUCGAAAGACACUUGUGUAUGUUGUACCAUGAGAGUAGCAGAAAUAAGAAAUUAGCAAAGCGGAAAUAUAGUACAGUAUUUAAAUUACCCCCCAAAAAAACGAAUACAUACAUUAAGGGGGUUUAAACAAUCAAACUACUUUCGCUAGCAUCUACAUGCAUCUACCGUCUCAUACUGGUUUAGGAACAUAUCCGUUCUCUGUGGUAACCGGGCAGUUUUGUAUUGUACGUACAGGAAUCCUGCAUCUUUUUCCGUUCGAAGUAGUACGUUUUUUAGUACCUUCUCUACUACACUUUACCACAGUACUUUGAGAUGAAUUCGUACCGCAGGCAAAACAUUUUUGUGAUUCCUUCAUCGCAGUUGCUAGCGUAGCAAUAUGAAAAACCAAGGGGGCAGGACUUUUAUUUUUAUUUUAUCUUGCAGCAUGGGACAUGAACCUGAGAGGCUACAAUAUUUCUCUGAAGUAUUUUGGACCUAGCUAAAAUACCAUUUUUUCUGUCCGUUAUUUUACAGCACUAUAGCCAGCAGUGGUAUAAUUUGUUUAUUUCUUUACAAUAUGGAUUACAGGGAUAAGUGGUGUUUUCUAUAUAUUUCAAGCAGAACACCUUUUUAUAUACUGUACAUCUUCCGGUGGUUUAUCAUAAAAACAAAAUCAUACACACGAAAAAUAAGACGAAGAAGAGACCUAGAGGUUAGGGGAGUACAUUACACACCCAACAAGUAAAAGCAUGGAUUAAAAAUAAAACAUUGGAGAGAACUUUUUUUAGACCAUUAUCACUAGAAAAGGUAAAUGGACUCAUUUAUGUAGCGCUUUUCUAGUUUAAACAACACAUUCACCCAGUCGCACUUUGCGUUCAUAUAGCGCUUCUACACGCCAAAAAUGUGGGUUUCGGUGUCUUGCUGCAGGACACUGCGAUAUACGGACCGGAGGAGCCAGGGAUUGAACUAGCAACCCUCCAAGAACGUGACACCAGAGGAAAAGAGAUGUCAGCGUGUUUAGCUCAGUUUUUUCAUAAUCCACUGGUUGCAGCUGCUGGUAGGCAGGUUAGAUUUCCUUGUCAACAUCUAUUGUGCUUUUAGCUUAACAUGCUAUGCAUUAGGGAUAAGCCUACGCCCACACACACACACACAUAAAAAAAAUCCUACAGUCUGUUUUUUUAAGUCCUGUUAUGAACUGCAGUGUCGGCCGAGUCAUUAUAAUCUGUCUCCUUAGGAUCCUACAUGUCUUUAUAAAAAGUCAAGGGAAACAAUCCAAGAUGCUCCAGUCUAGUAUUUGGAAUCGCGUUGAUGGACUGACGGAUGAAAAGACUGACAAACAAUUCUCACCUUUCCCUGAAACCCCACCGCCGCCACGGCUAAAGAUUGCGUGACUAUAAGUGACGCGACAACAGAGGCCUGGUGAAAAGAUCGGGUCUUGAGCCUCCGGACCCCAUCUGUGCAUGUCCUUGUAAACUAAGUAUGUCUCACAAUGUGAUAGUCUGCAGAUCUCCAGUAUCAGAGAAUGAAUACAUACCUCUCAGAGUGUUUUAGGUUCUAUUGCAAUGGGUAAUAUCAUGUGGGUACUUCUUAAUGAUUUGUAUAGCUGCAGUUUUAUUAAGGAUCUAUUGUAUAGAUGUAUAAUUUAAUAAUAAAAGUGAAUAUAUUGUUAA